UUUACGCUUUUCUCUGCAUUACUCUUAAUCGUAUCGUUUUUUUUUUAUCGUUUACAACAUAGUGUGCAUCCAAUUUAAUUUUGUUUAAAAAGGGAGUCUAGCCCGAAUGCAGUUAGGGCACGGAGCCCAGCAACUCGAUGCUGUAAAGCAUAAACACCCAAGACAGUCAGUAGCAGUGCUAGUAGCUUCUGAGUGCGUGAUUGGAGACAAAUUGAGUUCGACCUCAGAAGUUUUGAUUUCUCCGCAUACGGAAACAGAAAAAAGAAGGGAAAAAAUACAGGAGGCACUGACACACACACAGAGGUACCAGGGCGCUCAGUCUACCGCCUAGAUGUCUGUACUCGACUGAAAGCCAUGAAGACGCGUUGUAUUUUAAGACUAGCGAAGAAUAACAGUCUCCCUUAACACACAGUAAAGCUUCCAACAGUACUGCGUGAGCUUAAUCAGAUCUGGAUUGCAGAACAAACGAAGAAGAAGGGGGGUUUCCAGCUUUGCCUGCUGAAAAAAAAAACAUCCGCUUUAAAUUGAGCAUUAUCUAUCAGCAAGCACACUACCACACCUCCCCCCUCACAUGUAAAAAAAAAAUGUUUCGUUCAUCUUAGAGGUCUACAGUAACCUGAACAGGCUUUGAGAAUUGCAAACAGAACACUGAGAGGACAUUUAAAAAGAAGGGGGAAAAAAAACAAUCUACUGAACCGGAACCUUUGACAUUCAUCUUGGGAGACAAAAAAAGAGAAAAUAGCUGAUAUUGAAGGAGAGGUGGAGUCCGCAAUAUAUACCGGUUAGCAGUUCAUCAUGGAUUUCCCAAAUGCACCAGGUGGUUUUAGAGACCCCAGUCUAAGCCGAUUGCUCAACGACUCUGCUUUUAACAUGAACUUCAGUGCUUAUAACUACACCUUUGAGGGGGUACUGCCCAUUGGCGUGAAGAUUACAAUUGUUGUACUGUACAUGAUCGUCUGUGUAGUUGGGCUGGUGGGAAAUUGUCUGGUCAUGUACGUCAUUAUCAGGUACACAAAGAUGAAGACCGCGACCAACAUAUACAUCUUUAACCUAGCCCUUGCCGAUUCUCUGGUUCUCAUCACAUUACCUUUCCAAGGCACAGAUGUUUUCCUGGGCUUCUGGCCAUUUGGAAAUGUGCUCUGCAAGAUAGCUAUCUCAAUCGAUUACUAUAACAUGUUCACCAGCACCUUCACCCUCACCAUGAUGAGUGUUGACCGUUACAUUGCAGUCUGUCACCCUGUGAAAGCUCUUGACAUGAGGACACCCCAUAAAGCCAAAGUCAUAAAUAUCUGCAUCUGGGCCCUGGCCUCCGCAAUUGGUAUACCAGCCAUGGUGAUGGGUGCUGCAGAGGUUCAGCUCAUUGGCAUUGAGUGUAUUAUUGUCCUGCCUCAUCCGGACAGCUACUGGGAACCUGUGUUCGGUACAUGUGUCUUUCUCUUCUCCUUUGUCAUUCCCGUGGCCAUCAUCACGAUCUGCUACAGCCUGAUGGUGAAGCGCUUGAGGAAUGUGCGGGUGCUCUCUGGCUCCAAGGAGAAGGACCGGAAUCUGCGCCGGAUCACACGGAUGGUCCUCAUCGUGGUGGCCGUGUUUGUAGUCUGCUGGACCCCUGUCCAAAUCAUGGUGCUGGUCCAGUCUCUUGGCUUCAUUCUGGACAAUGAGCUCACUGUGGCCGUCAUGCAUUUCUGCAUCGCCCUGGGCUACGUCAACAGCAGCCUGAAUCCCGUCCUCUAUGCUUUCUUGGAUGAAAACUUCAAGCGGUGCUUCAGGGAGUUCUGCUACCCUUCCACUUUCCGCAUGGAGCUACAGCAGUCCAGCAGGAUGAGGAGCAUCGCCAAAGAGGUGGCCUACAAUUGCAAGAAUGCAGAUGGGACUAGUAAUCCAGCAUGACUAGGCGUGGAGCUGCCACUAGUCAGCAUGCCCCAACCAAAGCCUGGCAAUUCGAACGCUGAGCUUACCCAAAUAACAGCCCUUUAGCAUUCCUGUGUAUUAUACCACACUGAACACAAACACCAUUGGGAUAAAGGGGCUUUUUUGUAGUGGACAGAGAUUUCACAGCUCUGAUUUGAAAACAAAAAUUAGAAGAUGUAUUUCAUGGCCUUAAUUAUUCUGUUGUCUGUUAAAUGAAGCCGGACCAGGGUGUUAAAUUUGUCAAUUGGUGCUUUUUGUUUCUAAUGCCUAAAGAAAUGUCAUAUUGUGAAAAGGACAAUGAAACUUGGAGAAUUUUAUAGUUGUGCAUUGGUGAAAAAAAGUGAGCGCUUCUGUUUUUGUUUUUCUUUUAUGUCCUGUGAAGAAACAACAGAAAAAAAAUCUGUUUUCAAUGUGUGUAUGGUAGCAUUAUUGGACAAGUUCUUGGAAAAUAUGGAACAAUGUAUGUGGCAUAAAAACAAAUGUGUGGUUCUAUAGAUGUACAUAAUUCUAGUCCCUGCAUUUUAAAACACUAUAUCUACAAUGUGCCUCUACAUAUUGCUGAUUUGUUUUAAUAUCUGUUAGCAAAGAAUAUUGCAUGUCAUUUUACAUUUUUGUAAACCUGAUUGUUGUAAUGUUGGACAGGAACAAUGGGAAGGAAAUUAAUGGAUGAAUGGUUUGUUCAUAUACUGUACUCCCAUUUGAUAUGCCAAAAGCUGCAAAAGUGUCCGUAUAUCUAAGAUUGCAUUUAUUUCUUGUAUGACUGAUGACUUUAUUAUUAACUUAAUAAUUGACCGAUUACAUAUCAGGCUUACAGAAAGUUUAGCAUUAAUUCUAAGCAUAUCUAUUUUUUUUCUGCACAUUAAUUAAACAGCAGUCAUUAAAAUUA